AUGGAGUCCUUACCUCUUAACUAUUGCCCUUUGGCGGAUAAUAAGAUCGGAUUCUUGCGUGUGCUGAUGACCCGGACAAUGUUGAUGUACCAUGCCAUUGGAAAGAGUACCCGACUUCUGAGUGUCCUUCGAAUGGUCAGAGUCGCCUUCUUAAUGGGGAUUGGUUAGUCGAUUCGUUGCGUAAUCACAUCUGUUCCAGUAUUCUAUCAACUUUUGUACACCCUCUAUUUUAUGGCAGCGUAUCGAGGAAGACGUCUGGACAGGUCAUUGGUCUAUUUUUGCUGGUUAUUCCAGUCAUUCAUCUCCAUGGUAAUUAACAUCACACCUGUCACCUAGAUCAGACUAAACAAAAAAGAACGAGCAAAACAUGUUUUUGCUUUCUCUUUUUCUUUGCAAAAGACACACGUGUUGGACCGAAUUUUGAAAGAUCAAGAUCAACAAACAAAAUUAGAUUUGUUGCUAAAAAUAUAUAAUAGAUCAUCGUAUCCAAUAUACAUAUAUCUAUAUACAUCUUUCUCAAUUAUCGUCAUUUCAGUGUUUCAUCGUUUAUUGGCAGAAGAAAGGCCAAUUAAAGUCCUUAGUGGAGAUAAUCCCCUGGAGGAAUGCGCUGAUACACUCGGCUCCGUGCAAGGUUCGCAGGAUCUGCAAGACUUUCAUCGUCUUCUAUUGUCUGCUAAUUCUGAUUGUCACAAUCAAUGUCAUCAACACCGUUAAGGGCUUUAUUGACCCAGCUUUGACACAUUACGACCCCGGCCUUUUGCAAGUAAGUUGUUUCACAUUCACAGUGUUGUUUUGAAUUACCUCCCAUGACCCACUUAAGUGGAGUAUAAACACAUUUGUUCAUCUGUUUUUAGGGCUAUGGUAAGAACUUGUGGUUCUUGUCCAACAUUGUUUCAUUGUACGCAUUCUUUGUUUGGAACACAGUCAUCACUUUUUAUGUAAUUACGUCCAUUUACGUACACCAAGAAAUAAAAACUUUUAACGAAACAUUGACCAUCUUGGGAAGGGAUGACGAAAGAGAUGAGGUGGCGGCAGCACUCCUAGAGAAGUACAUUAAACAUGUAGAGAUCGGGAAGAUGAUACGAACAACUGACAAGACUUUUGAGGUCUAUACAUUCUUAAUGUUGGGUACGAACAUUCCAACUACCAUCUUUACCUUGUUAUCACUCUUCCAUAAUGCGAAUUCUGGCUGGCUUGAGAUUGCCAUGGGACUUCCAGAUCUGAUAUUCUGCAUAAUAGAGAUAUUGAGCUUGACUUUGCAUCCAGCUCGGAUCUUCUCGGCUGUAAGUUGUCGACAUUUCUAUUGCCCUCUUCUUUGUUGAUCUUUGAGCUCUUGUAGAUUUUCCCAGGUGACUCGCAGGGAACUGGGACGAUUGGGGAAAAAGACGAUUGGGGAAAGGGACGAUUGGGGAAAAAGACGAUUGGGGAAAAGUACGAUUGGGGAAACCGAAAAGUAUCAUUUUUCUUCCAUGCAAAUGUCGAAGUUAGGAUAAUCGAGGGUGCUCAUUUCGAAUAUCGGGUUUAUUUUUUCUGAACAUUACUAGUUUUCCUUAAGUAGUACUGUUAAGUACUAAUUUUUUAAAAAUUUUCGAAAAAUACUGGAUUUAGGGGAUUUCGAAGGUGCUGGUUUCGAAAAUCAUGUUCAUUUUUCCUCUAGUACUAUAUAGUACUAUUCUGAUACUAUAUAGUACGAGGUCAAAAUAUGGCUUUUGACGUUAAUGGUGUUGUUUUGAUGCUUAGUACUCUUCAAAAACACGUUUUAAAGACUUGGUGCUAUAUAGUACUACCUGAUACUAUUUAGUACGAGGUGUAAAGUUGGCCUUUAGGCGUUCGUGGUGUUGUUCUGGUGCUUAGUACGCCUAUUUUUACUUUGUACUACAUAGUAUCAGACAGUACUAUAUAGCACCAAGUCUUUAAAACGUGUUUUUGAAGAGUACUAAGCAUCAAAACAACACCAUUAACGUCAAAAGCCAUAUUUUCACUUCGUACUAUAUAGUAUCAGAAUAGUACUAUGUAGUACUAGAGGAAAAAUUUACAUGAUUUUCGAAAUCAGCACCCUCGAAAACCCCUAAAUCGAGUAUUUUUUGAAAAAUUUCAAAAAAUUACUUUUUAACACUACUGCUUAAGGAAAACUAGUAAGUUUCAGAAAAAAUGAACAUCAUUUUCGAAAUGAGCAUCCUCGAUUAUCCUAACUUCGACAUUUGGAUGGAAGAAAAAUAAUACUUUUCGGUUUCCCCAAUCGUACUUUUCCCCAAUCGUCUUUUUCCCCAAUCGUCCCUUUCCCCAAUCGUCUUUUUCCCCAAUCGUCCAACUCCGGACUCGCAGCAAGGUUGUAUUAACAGCAAAUCCAAAAAUGAUCAGUAAAAGAGCUGAACGGGAAAAAAAUCUUAUGACUUAACGUUUGACUGCCUUGGAUAUACCUCCAACUUUAGUAAUUUAAAUUUGUGGGCCAGUUGAACUCUUUGUCAGUCAUUUAAAUUUGCCCACUAACCCAAACCCUUGGCUAGUCAUUUGGGAGAUUACAAGGCGAAACCUCGAUCUGCCGGAAGUGGCAGAUCAGUGCUGCAGCAGAUUCCUCUACCAACAAUUAAACUUCUAAUUUCAGAUCCGAUAUACAGAAGCAAUUGUCUUCGCCAACACGGCCAUCUGGGUUCCAUUUAAUGCGAAAGUGUAUCAAGUGGCCCAAAUGUUUGUCAAUCAUUGUAAUCAAAACACCCUGGGAAUCUCUUUAUGGGGCUUCGCCGUUGUUACAAAGCCCUUAAUUCUCACCACCACGUCUUUGACAUUAACCUACCUUACUCUUCUUUUGGAGAUGAAUGCUCCAGCAAAAUUACUUGGAACUUACCCAAGCCCAGGAAAUUCGACCUUCACUGGAUUAUUCUAA